AUGGAAUGUGGAUAUCCAAAUGAAGGGAAAUUCCACCAAGUAGUUCAGACCAUAAAGGAGAAAAUUGAAAAGCACGAUUUAAGCAAAUGGAAGGACAUUGUGAAACCGGAAGAGGGUCCAAAAUAUGACGAAUAUUUUGAGCGUCUGCUGAGGGAAGGCAGUCAAGAAAAGGACACCCACGAUGGGGGUGCCCAUGGGAUUCAUGAUCUAUCCGCCGAACAGGUGGAAGAACCCCCUCCAGGGGGCUACGGAGCAACCGGGUAUGAAGAAAACAAAACAGAGUUUCAGCUGAACAAAGAAUUCUUCGACAAGAUAACUAAUAAGGAAAAAUUUUACUUCCUACUGAACAUAAAAGAAAUGAUGGAAACGAGUUGGUUAUUGGCACAAAAAAGAUUGGAGGGGAUUAAAUUGGAGGAGAAGUCCAAACCAGUUAACGUUAAGGAGUUAUUAAAUUACUCCCAAAAAAUUGCAGACACGACAUGUGCCCCACCAGAGUGCGACAACAUAAACGACAAAAUAAUGCAUCAAGAAUAUUACCCCAAUUAUCAUUUUUUAAAUUUUGUGAAUGUAGAAGAAAUACAUUUGUCCAAACUAUUCCAGCUACAAAAAUAUAGUACCGUUUGCUUCCCCCCAAUUAUUACCAUACAGGAGGGUAAGGACAAUAUGCUCCUUGUUGACAUAACCUGCACUACUCCCCACGUCACCAUUUAUUACAGAAUCAAUGAUGAGACGGAUGAGUACAUAUAUGAUGCAGUUAACAAGCCGCAAAUUAGGAAAAGAAAAAAGAUCAAUGUUUACGGAUGGUCAAUUAAAAAUGGACAUAUAAAAUCGAGAGUUACAUGCAUUUCGAAAUCGUAUAAAGUUGAGGAAGACGAUUCGUUUUUCCUUACGGAUAAUUUGGCAAAUAAGGAACAGGGGGAACAACCACCAGGCUCUUCCAAAAGGAGUAUGGAAUCUAAUGCCCCUGAUAAGCCAUCUCAAUUUACAAAUGUCUUUAAAAAUUUGGGCUUCCUACUCAGCCGAAAAAAGAAGAAAACAGAGGAAUCCUCAUCAAAUGGGGAGUCAUCGAGUGAGGGGUAG